AUGAUUAAUCCAUCACUCAUUUCUGCUCCCACUCUUCCCCCUUUUACAACCCCCCCAAUCCCCCGCCACUCCCAUCCCCUCCCCCACUGCUCUGCAGCCGACCCCUCUCCUCUCAAGUCGUUCUCCCACUGGCCUCUCUCCAGCGCCCACCCGCUCCUCACAGCCGGCUCAGCUCGCCGCAACCGCUCGUCGCUCUCCCUCACCACGCUCUCCGACCUGAAUGCCGCAUCCCUCGCGCUGCACCCCGCCCCGUUUGCUCUGCUCGCCCCUGCCACGCCCACCUCCCCCUGCCGCCCCUUCUCCUUCUCCACCUCCUUCACCUUCCGCAUCUCCUCCCCCAACGCCGCGGGGCUGGGCGGCGAGGGCUUGGCGUUUGUGAUGCUGCCGACGCCCACGCUCGGCCUGCCGGGACCGUCCCUGGGCUACGGGCGCCUGCUGCUGCCCCCGGGGAGCACGACUGCUGCUGCUGCUGCUGAUGAUGGCUCCAGUGUCAGCAGUGUGGCGUCAAGUCAGCUGAGCAAGAGAGCCUUUCUCCCUCGCUCUCUUGUUCUCCUACCCUGCUGCUCCGAUGUUCUGCUUAUCUGCUUCUUCCCCCCUGCUCGCCCCUCAUCCACAGCAGCACCAGUACUCCGCUCUUUAACAUGCCCCGUCCCGUCCAACCCCUAUCCACAGCAGCAGCGGAGUCUGGUAGUGGAGUUUGACACAUGCGCCUCCCCCGAGUUCUGGGGCCGGCAGGAGCACCACGUGGGGGUGAACCUGGAUGGCAGCAUGCUUGCCUCUUCCCCCUGCCUUCCCCUUCACACCCCCCUCCCUCUCUCCCUCCCCAAUUUUCCCCAUUCGUUCCACAGCAGCAGCGGAGUCUGGCAGUGGAGUUUGACACAAGCGCCUCUGCGGAGUUCUGGGACCGGCAGGAGCACCACGUGGGGGUGA